AUGGAAUCUGGCGGAAAUUUGAAAGGCUAUGCUUCCUCAGCUGCGGGAACAGACGCCCUAUUUUCUCAAAUAUGUGCUGAGCUUACUUUGUCAACCCAAUCGCUCAGUAUGAUUGUUGCUGCUAUGGUAAAAUCAUUCAAAGCAGGCUUGGCCGAAGAUGGCCAAGGACUCCCCAUGAUUCCAUCCCAUGUGGUCAAUCGACCCAAUGGCACUGAGACUGGCACUGUACUUGCAUUGGAUCUAGGCGGCUCAAAUUUUCGCGUAUGUCUUGUUACUAUGAAUGGAAAUGGUGGUACACGCAUGGUACAGCGCAAAUACGUCAUUAGCCACGAUCUCAAAAAUCAUACAGGACUUGCCUUGUUUGAUUUCAUUGCCAAAUGUGUCGCAGAAUUUCUGGAUGAGCAAAAAGACCAUCUUAAGUUAGAAGGCUUGAAAGUAAAGAGAGAGUCUAGUGACUUAUCCAAAAGUAUAAAACUCGGAUUUACAUUUUCGUUUCCUGUUAAACAAACUGCUCUUGAUCAAGGUGAUUUAAUGUAUUGGAACAAAGGGUUUUCUGCCACUGGAGUAGUUGGUGUGGAUGUCGUCAAACUUCUCCAAAACGCUUUGGAUCGCAAUCAAAUUAAUGCGCACGUUACCGCUUUAGUCAAUGAUACAGUUGGCACUCUGAUCUCCCAUGCAUACACACGCCCAGAAACACAUAUUGGUGUGAUUUUUGGAACGGGUACAAAUGCUGCCUAUGUUGAGAAAAUCUCCGAAAUUGGUAAAUGGGGUGGUUUUAAUGAAGGAUCUGACGAGAUGAUCGUUAAUACCGAGUGGGGUGCGUUCAAUGAUGCAGAUAUGCCCAGAUCCAAAUACGAUAUACUCGUUGAUAAAAAUACUAGCAACCAUGGCAUUCAAAUAUUUGAAAAGAUGAUUUCUGGACUUUACCUUGGUGAAAUUGUUCGAUAUAUUCUUGUCGACUUUGUCACUGAUGGUGAGCUGUUUGAUGGAAAACUGUCCAAAAAGUUGGCCACACCAUAUGCUUUCGAGACUGCAUUCAUGUCUAGGAUUGAACGUGACCAUUCUGCGGAUCUACUCGAUGUCAAGCAACUUUUAUCGGAUCUCCUUGAUAUAAACAAUACAACUUCAAGAGACAGAAUGUUGAUUAAACAUGUAUGCGAAAUCGUAGGUACUCGUGCAGCUCGGCUAAGUGCAGCAGGAAUUGCUGCAAUUGUUACAAAAACCAAUCGUCUCAAUGGAUGCAUUGUUGCAAUUGAUGGCUCACUGUUUGGGCAAUACCCUCAUUUUGGAAGUCGUAUGCGUGAUGCUCUUCGCGAAAUCUUGGGAUUGAAUGCUGAAAAUAUUAUUCUGGAGCAAGCCCAUGAUGGAUCUGGACUUGGUGCUGCCUUGAUUGCUGUUACAUCGUCGCGAGAUUAA